GCCCACGCACUUGCAGCAAGGUUGCCGAGGAGGUCAAGAGCGCAGCCAAGCUACUCACCAAAACAGCGAAGAAGGUGUACAUCCACUGGGUGCAUUACGCAACGGCAGACAGCGCGAAGAUGGUCCACGCUCACGCCAAGGCGGCCGAGCGCAGCCACCUGGGGGACAUUCUGGAGCACGAGGGCAAGGUGGCCACACACCAGCAGCAGUUGGUGGACCUGCGCAAGGAGGCGUGGCAGCGCAAGUGGACGAGAGACGCCCCGAAGGCCGAGCAGAUCCAGGAGCCGCUCAACCAGCACAUCACCGGCUCCAUCAUCCAGCACCGCAAGCGGCAUGCAGGACGGGCCAUGGGGGAGCAGGGGCUCACGGAGUCCGUGCAGUGCUUGCAGAAUUGCGAGGCUCGAGCCGCUUGGCACUGGCAGUUCUACGUAGUUUUGGAGCUCCUGCUAGGAAAGAAGCCGGGGAUCGGAGGAGAGCGCCCGAUGGGCCAUAUGCCCAUGCCCUACCGUAUCUUGAGCGCCGCCAGGAGGCCCAUCAUUUCCACCUGGAGCAAAGCGGCCGCAGGUUUCUGGGACACGGCGGUGGCAGGACCAUCGACCCUCCGCGCGGCGAUGCACAGGCUGAUGAGAGCAGUGGCGGCAGCGCAGAUGGGCUUCCACGUGGCAGGGAUCUUCGGCAACGCAGCCAACUUCUACGACAACAUAGGCCUCGACCAGUUGCUCGAGAAGGCCAGCGACCUGCACUACCCUCGGCUGCCGUUGACCAUGGCCAUCCAGAUGUACCUCGCCCCGAGGGCGGCACUGUAUCUUCGCAGUCAACAGUACCUGGACGAUCUAGCCUUGCAGCUAGAGGGCGCCAGGAAGCAGGUGAUGGCCUGGGUCGAGCACGUCGCAAGACUGGUGCACCAAGGCUUCGCGAGGCUCUCCAUCCCAAUCUCCAGCAAGACGGCAGUGGUGGUCCCGGACCAGGACCUCCAGAAAAAGAUCGCCAGCAUACUAGACAGCCUGGGCACCCCGAACAAGCAGCCAGGGGCGGUCCGCGACUUCGGUGUGGACGCCGGGCUCGGCAAGCAGCUCAGACGCCCAACGCGCGCGGCUGGUCGGGCGACGGCCAGGCAUCGCUUUGGCAAGCUCAUAGACCCGGCCAAGACGGACGCCAUGGGCGCGGCGAAGGC